UAUCACUCAGGGGGCCGAAACACGCGCAACAACGGACAACCCCACAGGACCGGGGGGUGCUUCUCGUGUCUCGGGAGGAAGGGACGAUAUUCGCUCCCUAUCCACUGAGCAACGCUGGAUCCCUCCUUCAACUGUUAGACGCGAUGCACUCACCCCAGAAAGCAGAAAUGAUCUCAUCUUUAGAAAGGUGCGGGGUAUUCUUAAUAAGCUUACGCCGGAAAAGUUCGCAAAGCUGAGCAACGACCUGCUCAACGUUGAGCUUAAUUCUGAUGUGAUUCUUAAAGGUGUCAUUUUCUUGAUUUUUGAAAAAGCACUUGAUGAACCCAAGUACAGUUCUAUGUACGCACAGCUGUGCAAACGGCUGUCUGACGAAGCUGCAAACUUUGAACCACGAAAAGCUCUUAUUGAAAGUCAAAAAGGCCAAAGCACAUUUACACUUCUCCUUCUUAACAAGUGCAAAGACGAAUUUGAAAAUCGUUCAAAGGCAAGUGAGGCAUUCGAAAAUCAGGAUGAACUCGGCCCAGAGGAAGAGGAACGCCGACAGGUGGCUAAGCGUAAAAUGCUUGGCAACAUCAAAUUCAUCGGAGAGUUGGGAAAGCUGGGAAUCGUAUCGGAACCGAUUUUACAUCGUUGCAUCCAGCAAUUACUGGAGAAGAAAAGGCGAGGGGGAUCCAGGGGGGACACUGCCGAGGAUAUCGAAUGCCUCUGUCAAAUCAUGCGUACCUGCGGCCGUAUCCUUGACUCGGAUAAAGGCCGAGGACUCAUGGAUCAAUAUUUCAGACGUAUGAACUCCUUGGCAGAGAGCAGAGAUCUUCCUCUACGCAUCAAGUUUAUGCUGCGUGAUGUAAUUGAGCUUCGCCGUGAUGGCUGGGUACCACGCAAGGCUACCAGCACUGAAGGUCCAAUGCCCAUCAAUCAAAUCCGCAGUGAUAACGAUGAGUCUUCGAGGGGUAAUGGCUUCCAUAGACGUGAGGAUCGCCUCGGAGCUGAGUUUUUAAGAAAAAUGGGACGUGGCGGAUUAGAUAUGGACAUGAUGGGAAGUAUUCCAUUGACUUCCCCUUCGUUCGGCAUGCCAUCUCCAUUCAGCCCAAAUGGAUUCUCAGGAACAUCCGGGGUUGGUUAUGGCCGCCACAAUCAACGUAACCAACCAGGUUACUAUCAGAACCAGAAUCGUCACCAGAACAAUUACCAAGGGAAACACAAUCAACAGCAACAUAAUUCACCACAAAACUUUAAUAACAAUAGUAAUAAAGAACAAUUACGCUUCAAUAAAAAUAAGAUGUUGAUUGGACAUCCAGAAGAAGUAUCACUAAGACCAUCAGCCAAUUCUAUGAUGUUUAAGCAAACCAACAUCAAUCCCAACCUACCUCUCAACAGUGAUCUGUUCCCAGGACGAGCAUCAGAAUUACCUCUUCUACGUACUAGCACAUUGAAACCUAGCUCGCCAUUAUUGCACAAGGAAUUGCCGACAGCAAUUGUAAUAAAGCAAGGUCCUGUAGAUAAAAGGGAGAAAGCCCGUGACAGAAAGGAUAAAGGGACCUCCAGAGAGGAGAUACUGAAGAAGGUGAAUGCCUUGAUGGACGAUCUAAUCGCGAAUACGAACAUACAGGAAGCUAUAACAGCUUUUCAAGAUCUGAAGAUACCUGAACGAUUUUUACGUCAUGCAGUUUAUACGUUAUACUCGAAUACAUUAGACCGUGGAGAUUCUGAACGUGAACUUGCAGCUAAGCUUAUAAUCGAAUUGGAGAAAGCAGACGUGAUCACUAUACAACAGAUACAUGAGGGAUGGAAGGAGCUAGUAUCCAAUAUACCAGAAAAAGAGAGUACUGUGCCUUGUGUAGCUUCUUAUGUUGCCUUCUUAACAUCCAAGGCUAUCGUCGAUAAUUUAAUUCAAUUAACCGAUCUUGUCGCUGUGACAGAGAACGGCCAGUACCAUCCGUUGUUUUUACUUACACUUCAGCAAUUACAUAAAAGCCAAGGCAAAGCAAGACUCACACAAAUCUUUAACGAGAGCAAGGUGAAUCUUAUCAGCCAGCUACCCGAAGCAGACAAAACAAAGGAGAGACUAGCGGAGAUCUUAGAGGAUAGAGAAUUGACCUUUCUUUAUCCGCUUCUGAAGAUACAGGGAGAUAUAUGGCGUCAGUUAGAAUAUGACCCGAACCCUAAUACUCUUUACAAAUGGAUCAAAGAAAAGCUAGAACCUUCGCAUCAUUCUGAUUCAGAGUUCAUUAACGCUUUGAUGAACGUUCUUCUGAAAUAUAUUACACAGGAAACAAUACUGGCACCUGGCGUUGAUCCUUCAAAUGUAGCCAAAUCAGUAAUAGAUAAAGAAAAGGCAUUACUGGAGAAAUAUGCACGCUUGAUGCGCUUACUCUUCGUCGAUAUAGAGUCUCAAGUGACAGCUCUGCAUGCGCUCCAAGCAUUUUGGUUCUCGCACAAUUUUCCAAAAGGGAUGCUGCUGCGAUGGUUUGAUGGGCUUUACCGAUUAGAGGUUAUCGAGGAGGAUGCCUAUUUCAAGUGGAAGGAAUGUGUCACCGAUGCUUAUCCGGGCAAAGGCAAAGCAUUAUUUGAGGUCAAUGGUUGGUUAACAUGGUUAGAUAACGCAUCCACAGAAGACGAAAGUGAUGACCAUAACGAUGAUGACGACAGCAACAAAAACUACAGAAUGCAAAAACUGUGAGAAGGAUACGUUCUUUGGGCUACCUAUAAUUUGGAAUAGGGUUUUGCUAUCUAUAUUACUGAACCAGGCGGUUUCAGUUUACUAAUUGAGUUGUCUCCAUCCAUUGCCACAAACAUCUUGUUAGUCUGUGUCAAGCCCUCGUACAAAGAAGAAGAAGAAGGUCGAAGAAGAAAAAUAAGAAGAGAAAAAAAUAUGGACUUUACAAUCAUGUCCAACAAAAAAAAAAUGAAAAACAAAAAAGAGGAAAAAUGGAUAGUUCGCAACCCCCGAGUGGUUUGCAGCAGACUUUCUAAGCAAGAAGUUUUAGAAUGUUUUAGAUAAUUGAAUAUUGAUAUAUGAUUUAUAAUCAUAUUAGGCCAGCAGAUAUCAACAGUACGCCGCUGUAUGAACAUCGGUGCAGAAAGAAACAAGAAAAAAAAAUUAGUCUGGUGAUUUGUGUUGUCAAAGUUUUUGUCUAGUAUUGUGCAUGUGUCACGUUUUUUGUAAGUCUUUUUGUCCGCGGCACCAGUGAGUCGCUUGUUAUCUCUGUGUACCAGCUUUUACAUUUAUUA